AUGGGAAACGCUCACGAUGCCAAAGCAAACAUCCUCAUUACAGGCGCAGGCGGUUUCAUCGGCCAAGCCCUAGCAUCUGCCCUACUCAAUGACGAGUCUGUUCAAAAAAUCACCUUGACAGACGUGUCAAUCCCCAAGAAACCCGCCAAUAUAAACACCACUUCCAGCCUGGAAAUCGAAAGUGUUGCCGCCGACUUGACAACUCCUCAAACAUGCGAGCAAAUCCUCAAGCCCGAAUUCACCCAUAUUUACCUCCUCCACGGAAUCAUGUCCGGUCAAGCCGAAGCCGAUUUGGAACUCGGACUGCGCGUCAACAUCGAUUCCAUGCGCUACAUCACGGACGUCCUGCGCAAACAAAAAAGAGGGGCUCCAAUCCGAAUCAUCUUCCCUUCUAGUCUUGCCGUUUUCGGGCCUUCCAAAGAUGGAGAAGUCGUCACAGAGAAGACUAUGCCUUUACCGCAGUCAUCUUAUGGCGCCGAGAAAGCUAUCGUGGAAACGCUUCUGAAUGACUUUUCUCGACGACGUCUGUUGGAUGCGAGAAUCGUUCGUCUACCGACGAUCAUUGUCCGACCUGGUAGGCCGACUGGUGCGGCUUCGUCGUUCUUCUCGGGCAUCGUUCGAGAGCCUUUGAAUGGAGAGACGGGUGUUUUGCCCGUGAGGAGGGAUCUCAAGGCAUGGGUAUGCUCGGCUCGGACUGUUAUCAGAAAUCUGGUCGCUGCUAAAGACAUUCCGGAAGAGCGAUAUAUCGGAGAGAGUCGGAUUGUCAAUCUUCCGGGGAAGACUGUUACUGUUCAGCAGAUGCUAGAUGCACUUCGAGAUGUGGGUGGACAGAAAGCGAGGGAUCUGGUUAAGGAGGAAUUUGACGAGAACGUGGCUAAGAUUGUUGGGCCAUGGCCUGCGGAAUUUGAUACGACGCGAGCGAAGGAACUCGGGUUUCAGGAUGAUGUUUCUUUGGAACAGGCUUUUCGGGACUACAUAGAGGAUUACAUGCAGCGCUGA